AUGACCAAGAACAACCUUAGCACCUGUCUUGCAUGGCUGCUGCAGCAUCCACACUCUUUUGGAAACUUGGAUCAUAUCUCUGCUAUCGUUGGCACGCCCGCUGCGUCGUACGAUGAAGCUACUGCGACGGAAGCGGACAAUGAGAUGGCAAGACUGCAACUGGCGCCGCAGACGAAUCACAGACCGAAACUGCAUUCCCAACUGAACAAUGUGCCGAAUCCCUUACCAACUCCCACGCCUUCACGACCGUCAGAAGAACCGAAGCCGAGAUCGACUCGUCCGAAGCAGACGCUGGCAACUCCGUCCGCGGCGCGACAAAAUGCUACACUACGGACACCCGGAACGGCGUCGGGAAACCUCGGCUUCAGUGAUGGUGUCCUCGAUAUUGAUGAGAUUGAUCUUACUGGGGAUGUCACAACUUCUUCCUUUGGCGAAUUUGGUCCCCCGCUUAGGCUGUGGAGGGAAGACUCAGCUUCUCGCGUAGAACCGCUGCCCAAAAAGAAUGGGAAAAAGAGGAAGAGCGACGAAUAUGAGUCAGAUCUCCUUUCUCCACGAUCCAGGCGGAAGACAACAAAGGUUUUGCAGAACGCGACUACAACGGUGUCCCCACUUCAUGCUCGCCAGCCCGAGGGCUUGGAGAGGCACGCCCAGGAAGAAGUCAGCCUUACACAGACCACCAUUCGCCAAAAGCCACCCCCGUUAUCGGAAGCGGAAGAUGAGUUUUCUGAUUUCUCGGUCAAUGACUUUGAGGAGACCCAAGACCAGCUGCCGAUCAAACCCGGUGAUGCUCAGCAAAGUCAGACAUUGAGGAGGACUAAUGUUAUUCCCGAUUCGGAUGAUGAUGAGGAGGAGGCAGACGUACCUUUUGCUCCAAAGGUUGAGGCCGACCCAACGAGUCCAAACCCUUAUUUGCUCGGCCAUACCCAUGGCCGUGGGGACGUUGUUAGGGAUGUCAAGCAUGCGCAAGAAGCCUUUCGAUCGCCCAGGCGAUCACAGCCUCCUAAAUCCUCGCAGUCGCCUCGGAAGCCUGCGUCUCCCCGUCGCGGCGCGACAUUGACCCACACAGUUACGUCAAAUCAGGAACCAAUGUUCAAAAGCAGUGCGGCCAGUACUUCCUCGAGCGAGAACCUUACAGCGGAGCAGAAGGACCUUGUUGCCAACUUUGCCAGCAAUGGCCAAGAGCAGUUGCAAAGUUUACUGCAACGGCUCGAACGAUCGAAGAAAGCCGUUGAUGACAAAAUCAUGGACGAGAUCUGUGAAGAUGGCGGUGCAUCUACUGAAUCUAAAGAGAGGCUGAGAGCGAUAUUGGACAAGAUCGCUUCAGCCGCGCGGCUACGAGACGAGUUCGAUACUUUAGCGAAGCUCCGAAAGCAGCGAGAACAGAUGGUAGUCCAACGCAACAAGCUUAGCAAUUCCGGCCACAGCGUCAACCCAGAUGAUCCUGCAGAUGUCUUGAUGUCCUUGUGUUCAAAGAUCUUCCAGGCAAAGCGGGACAUCGACGCCCGAGAAGUAUCCGUUUUCAGACUUCUUGACCAGAUCGGGGUGCCUACUGCUGGCCACAUGACAGCGCGUGUCAAUGAUUUCAGCGGCAGAAUUCUCUCUCCCAGAUCGAUCGUGUCGGAGCAAAACGUGCUCGUAGCCUCGACGCAAAAAGGGUCCCAGUUGACCUCGAAACAAUUGAAAGACGAGGAUAGACAAGGUCUUUCUCACCUCUCUACUCAGUCAGUCCGUCAAACACCUGCUCCCAAUCGAUUCAAUACGCCGCUCGUCAGCGUUAAGUCGCCGUGCCGGAGUCCAUCUCCGCAAUACACAUCGAAGCGCCCAGCAUUCGUGGAACAGGCAAGGACGCUUCAGUCGACUCUUAGGACCGCUCAUUCUGCCGUGUCAGGGCAUGCUUUCGCUUACAAUGAGCCUGAAUCGAGUGGCAGGGGGUUCUCAAGAACCAUGGCUAGCCCCACACGAAACUAUUCCUUCGAGGAAGACGACUUUGAGGACGAUCUAGACGAUGAGGAGAUGUACCAAGCAGUCGAAGAAUUCGAGCAGCAUCUGUCGUCACGGACGGCUGAAUCGUCAGAGAUACCUAGCCGUGCUGCGCUUGCAGAAGUCAGCGACAAUAUUCGUAAGAUAUCUCCUAAGAAGAAACCAUCUUUACAACAACCAAGCUCCUCGCAUGCACUGAUGCAACAUCCGUGGUCGAAAGACGUGGCAUCGGCCUUAAAGAGGAAGUUCCACUUGCACGGCUUCCGCCACAAUCAGUUGGAAGCUAUCAACGCAACUCUGGCCGGCAAAGACACAUUUGUCCUAAUGCCUACUGGAGGGGGCAAAUCUCUUUGUUACCAGCUUCCUGCCGUCAUAAAAUCCGGGCGGACGCGCGGAGUUACUGUGGUGGUUUCCCCCUUGCUCAGUCUCAUGCAAGACCAAGUGGACCACCUUCAAAAACUGCAGAUCCAAGCACAUCUUAUCAACGGUAACAGUACUCCAGAGGCCCGCAACUGGGUUCGCCAAGCCUUGCAGGAUCCCAAUCCCGAAGAAGUAUUGCAGCUUCUGUACGUGACUCCAGAGAUGUUGGGCAAGAGUCAAGCCAUGGUCUCCGCGUUCGAAGCUCUAUAUAGGCGAAAGCGACUCGCUCGAAUUGUGAUCGAUGAGGCUCACUGUGUCAGCCAAUGGGGACAUGAUUUCCGACCAGAUUACAAAAGCCUGGGCGAAGUUCGCAAGCGGUUCCAGGAAGUACCUGUCAUGGCCUUGACAGCAACAGCAACUGAAAACGUCAAAAUCGAUGUCAUGCACAACCUUGGUAUGAAGGACGCGGAGGUUCUCACGCAAAGCUUCAACAGACCUAACCUGACGUACGAGGUGAGGCCCAAGGGCAAAAACAUUGAGGUCCUUCAGAGCAUCGCGGACACCAUCAAAAGCUCUUACAGGGGACAAGCAGGUGUUGUGUAUUGCCUGUCGCGGGCAAAUUGCGAGAAAGUGGCGCAGGAUUUGAGCGACAAAUUCCAAAUUGAGGCGCAGCACUACCAUGCCGGUAUGCCAUCGGAGGAGAGAAUCGACAUCCAGAAGAGGUGGCAAGCUGGAGAGUUCAAGGUGAUCGUUGCUACGAUUGCCUUUGGCAUGGGGAUUGACAAGUCGGACGUCAGAUUUGUCAUGCAUCAUUCUAUGCCGAAAAGUUUGGAGGGCUACUACCAGGAGACGGGCCGAGCUGGUCGUGACGGCAAGAGAUCCGGUUGCUACCUGUACUAUGGCUACCGUGAUUCAAUGUUACUCAAGCAAAUGAUCAAGAACGGUGACGGCAGCGACGAGCAGAAGGAGCGCCAAUACCAGCUUCUGCGAAACAUGGUCCAGUUCUGCGAGAAUCGGAGUGACUGCCGCCGGGUCCAAGUCCUGGGCUAUUUCAACGAACAUUUCAACCGCGCAGACUGCGAGAAUGGUUGCGACAACUGCAACUCGACCAGCACGUUCGAGACACAAGACUUUUCUGAGCAUGCACGGGCCGCCAUCAGCAUUGUGAGAGAGAUAUAUCGCUCGAAGGUGACCGUCCUGCACUGUGUGGACAUAUACCGUGGGAGCCGCAACAAGAAGAUCACACAGCUGGAGCAUAACACGCUCGCUGAAUACGGCAAAGGUGCCCACCUGGUCAGAGGAGACGUCGAGCGUUUGUUCCACAGACUUAUCAGUGAGAAAGCCCUGACAGAGUAUAACAAGGUCAACAAGGCUGGGUUUUCGACCCAAUACAUCAAACCCGGCCCCGCAGCUCGCGAUUUCGAGGCAGGUCGGCGAUCUCUGAAGAUCCAGGUCCUGGCGUCACCGCACGAGAAAGCUAGAACCAGCGCACCACCACCCCAGAAAAGUCGCCAAAACGGGCAGGGUACCGGAGUCAAAGCCGCCGGGGACUACUAUCCUACCUCGACAAACGUGUCGUCUCCUUUACAGCCUCGCACAAACCGAAAGCUUCCACGCCCCGUCGAGGACCCCAAUUCUGACGACGAGGACUUCAUUGUACACACAAGUGAGAUGGAAGGCGAGGAUGUGCCCGAGGACGAGGACGAGGACGCCUACGCCUUCGACGCCGACAUUGCAUUGGACCACUCUGGAACCCGGAAGACGAAGCUGGGCCCUCCCAUCACAUCGGAGACAAGCAUGAGCCUGAGUUCUAUCCAUCAGCAUAUUCUUGAUCACUUUAUCGAGGACGCGCGAGCUCACAUUAAGCGUAUAUCCAUCGCAAAAUCCCUCCGGCAAGUGCCUGUCACAGACCGUACCUUGCAUCUGAUCGGUAUCGAAUUCCCACAGGAUGCGACGCAGCUGCAACGUAUCAGCGGCAUGAACGACGAGAUCUUCAAGAUGUUUGGGCCUGUCUUGCUUCGAUUGAUAAAGUCGGCAUUCAAUAACUACGAGGCGAUGAUGAGAGCGCAAGAAGGUCGACCUGAUGACCCGAACCACCAAACAGUCAUUGAGAUAGCCGAUGACGAUGGUAGCGGCGACGAGCCCGAAACCGAUGUGGACAUGAACGAUGUGGACGAGACGGAGAGUAGCCAUUGUUUUAGCGUACCUGAGGGGGACAGCAGGUCGAGUGGACGGGCGCUUCCCCCUUCGUUUUCGGAGAACAAGUUUCGCAAGACAACAGCGAAGAAGGCUCCGUCUCGUUCGAGAUCGGUUUCCUGGAAUCGGAAGGGUUCUCGCGCCUGGCAGCGUGGUGGUAGUAGUAGUGGUGGUGGUGGCGGCGGCGGCAGCAGCGGCAACAGCAGCUCGAGAGCAAGGACGAGUGCUGCGAAAGGAAAGAAGGCCAGUGGUGGUGUUGCGAAGAAGGGAAAGGGCAACUCUAGCGCCCGUUCAAGCACCAGCAGUGCUGGGUCGUCGCGCUUCGUGCACAAGAACAACAAGACUGGAUCGUCACAACGCAGCGCGGGUGGAAGCAAGAUCAGCAUGAUGCCGACUUGA